CGGUUCUCCGGAUCUUGGCGAUCAGCGGUGCAUAUGGCUGGCGCCAGGUAGGUAAAGUAGAUAUUCCGCCCCGCUCGCCCUUUCCCUCUCACGUGGCUCGCGUGUGUGUGGGGGAAGACCGAAGAGUGGAACGCGGAACUGGAACGGGGGGGGACUGUCUGUCGGACACGGGACGGGGAACGGCGAACCAUUGUAUUUUCACAGAGUCCGUACGUCGUCCGUGCUUGAUAUUUUCCGUUUGGAAGGUAGCGAGUCCGGGGUGUAGUGCCGCGACUGAUUCGACCCCGGUCGUCACGCCCGCGGCAACGUCGCCGACGCCGCGUGUCCCGGGCCGCGUGUCUCGCGACCGACGGGCCAGGCUGGCGUGAACGGAGCCGCCACGGGUCGAGAGAGCGUAACCCACGUUCACGCCUGCGAGAAGAGGACGACGUCGCGACGGUGGGACCGUGCGUGUUUUCGCUGACCCUAUUUUCAUCCUGGAGGCUCGCCGGACGCGACGUCGACUCGGAGGUCGGUCACGACGUUCGCAGAACGGCUGGUUCUGGAAACCGUAGCACCGCGUUCGAGCCAUUCGUUGAUCGAAGGAGGAAGAGGAGAGGGAGAGAGAGGGAGAGAAGAGAUAGGAAGAGAGAGGGAGUGUGAGAAUUUCUCGACGAAAAUAAGGGAGGUGCUGCGGGAGAGCGACGGGCGGUGAAGGACGCUCAUAUUAGCUACGCUUAGCCAGUUCGUCGAUCGACCAAGGGUACAACGAUAAUCUCGCCGACGUGCGAUCGCUAUGUGCCACCGAUGAAAAAAUUGAAGGUAAAGUUGGAAAGCAGCGAAUCAUCAGGGACAUUAACGGGGCAUCAACAGGCGGUCGGGAUGGCGGGCGGAUUGAACGCGAAUGCGACUGAUAGCACCGAUUCCGCUAGUCGGAUUUGUCGAGAUUUUCUGAGAAAUGUCUGUCACCGCGGAAAGCGUUGCAAAUACCUUCACGAGCGUUCCGAUGACGAUCCCGUGGAGGAAUAUACCUUCUGCCACGACUUCCAGAAUGGCAAGUGUAGCUGGCCAGGCUGCAAAUUCCUACAUUGCACAGAGAGCGAGGAGAAGCGUUUCAGGGCAACCGGUGAAUUGCCGCCUCACGUCCUCAAUCGAUCCAAGAUCUGCAACAACGACAAGUCGGAUCCGUUUUGCAAGGAUUUUCUAAAGGGCAGCUGCCAAAGGGUGAAUUGCAAGUUCAGACAUAUGAAGAAAGAGGAACCGCAGCAUAAUCUAAUGUCGCCGUCGAUUCAUAACGCGUCCAGGCCGCAACACAACUUCAACGGCACUAGCAACGGUGGUGGUGUCGGUGGCGAUGGACGCAGAUACGAAGAGGACAGAAACUUUCACUGGCAACUGCAGGAUCAUCAUAACAAUUUGGUCGCUAACAACGGCGGUUACAACACAUCGCAUACAGCCGAUUAUAUCGGACCGCCGGAGCCGAAGAGGCGAUUAGUAUCGGGUGAAGCGGUCGUACACUUCGAAGCCUCUCCAAUCGUAGGUCAGCAGCAUGCGACUCAACCGACGGUCACGCCAAGUUAUUAUUAUCCCGUGAUACCGCGUAACGAAGCACGAGCCAUUGUACUGGAGGAUGAGAAUGCACUGUUGAGAAAGAAGAUAGAAGAGUUAAAGAAGCAGGUUAGCGACUUAACGGCGACGAACGAGUUUCUGUUGGACCAAAAUGCUCAGUUGAGGAUGUCGGGCAAGCGAACCGCGAACGUAACGGCUGUAACGGUCCCAGCAGUCACGAUUACGAAUACGGUUCCGCCGUCGCAAGCUCCGACACCCCAACAAAUGGUCAAUGCAGCCGUGGCAGCGGGUACCCUUCGAACAGUCACCGCCAGCGUGGCUACCGUUCCUGUGAGCAUCGCGACCGUAGCACCCGUCUCUAUCGCGGCGGUUUCUAUGGCACCAGUUUCGAUACCACCACCGAUCGUCACCAUGGCUCAACAAACUAUCUCGAUGAGCGCCUCUGGGCCUCCUCAGGCAACUAAUCAACAACCACCGAACACGCAGCAACCCGCCAGUUUACCUUUGUCGAUAUCUGGCGCGACCGCACCUCUCGUCUCUUACCCUAUUAUGACGCAAGAACUUAGGCCUGUCUUGCAAUAAAUGCGUCAUGAGAAUAGGAAAAACUUUUAUUUCUGAUAGAGGAUAUCCAUGUACACAUAUACGAUAUACUGCCUACUCGGCUAUGUAGGCGAAUCAAGGAUCAUAAUGUGCAUCCAUCUUCCUCUAUAUGAAAUUGUACUUCCCUUACAAGUACACUUGAAAGUACACACAGAAGAUAGAAACCAGCGGCUGUGGGAUGAUGCGGUGUAUCACCGUAAUAAAUAGAUACAUUUGUAUUGAUGUAAUAUUCAUCAUCUCCAAAUUUUUUUACAUUCUAUUCAUUUGUGCAAAGAUUGAAUCAUAAAGAAAACAAUUGUUUA